AUGGCUUGUGCUAAAUCUUCCUCCUCCGGCGGUUCGGCCAUGGCCGACAUGACCACAAAGUGUUACUGCGGAAGCCGCGUCGUGCUUAGGACGUCGCAAACACAACAAAACCCUGGACGGAGGUUCAUAUGUUGUCCGAAGAAAGAUAUUAAGGCUCAAUGUCGAUUUUUCGAUUGGGUUGAUCCCGAGACUCCGAUAGGAGAGGCAGAAGAAGAAGAUGAUGGUGAAUCGAAACUAACUUUCUGGAUUGGCGAAUACUACCGACAACAACAGUAUCUUGAAGCGGACAUGAUGAGAAUCCGACAGUUGGAGACUGAGAUUAAGCAUCUCAAAAAGAAAAAGAAAGACAACAAGAAGCUAUUCGUCAACAUGAAGCAAUUCAUGUAUGGUGCUUGUUUUGGAGUGUUGGUUUAUGCAGUUUCAAUGUCAUUCAUUUUCUAG